GAGGGACCUAGCCCACGCCGCGUACCCGGCAGCAGGUUAGCCAUGGCGAUGGGCGGCGGCGGUGGCGGCAGUAGCAGCGGCGUCCCAGAGCCGGAAGACACGGUGCUGUUCCGGCGCGGCACAGGCCAGAGUGAUGAUUCUGACAUUUGGGAUGAUACAGCAUUGAUAAAAGCUUAUGAUAAAGCUGUGGCUUCAUUUAAGCACGCUCUAAAGAACGGUGACAUUCCCGAAGUUUCAGAAAAACCAAAAGGUGCACCUAAAAGAAAACCUGCUAAGAAGAAUAAAAGCCAAAGAAAGAAUACCACAACUCCCUUGAAGCAGUGGAAAGUUGGUGACAAAUGUGCUGCCAUUUGGUCAGAAGAUGGCUGUGUUUACCCAGCUACCAUUGCUUCGAUUGACUUUAAGAGAGAAACCUGUGUUGUCAUUUACACUGGAUAUGGAAAUAGAGAGGAGCAAAAUCUGUCUGAUCUACUUUCCACAACCUCUGAAGUAGCUAAUAAUAUAGAACAGAAUGCUCAGGAGAAUGAAAAUGAAAGUCAAAUUUCAACAGAUGAAAGCGAGAACUCCUCCAGGUCUCCUGUAAAUAAACCAAAUAACAUCAAGUCAAAAGCUGCUCCAUGGAACUCUUUUCUCCCUCCACCACCCCAUAUGCCAGGACCAGGUCUGGGACCAGGAAAGCCAGGUCUAAAAUUCAGGGGCCCGCCGCCGCCGCCACCCUUCCCGUCAUCCUGGCUGCCUCCAUUUCCUUCUGGACCACCAAUAAUUCCCCCACCACCUCCUAUGUGUCCAGAUUCUCUGGAUGAUGCUGAUGCUUUGGGAAGUAUGUUAAUCUCUUGGUACAUGAGUGGUUAUCAUACUGGUUACUAUAUGGGUUUCAAACAAAGUCAUAAAGAAAGAAGGCACUCACAUUUCAAUUAAGGAGUAAUUCGUAUAGUGUUUUAUAAUAGGUGCAGCUCUCUCCCAAGGAGGAUGGUAUAUUGAUGUGCCCUGGUCGAUGUGAACAGAAGUUUCAUCAUUUUCUUCAUGAACACUUGGAUGGGUGCAUGUCAUCAUUUCCCCUUGUUGCAUGUGACUCAUGCUUAAAUAACCAGUUAGCUAUUUUGAGGCAAUAAUCAGUUUGAAUAACUGAACAAUGGAAAUAUGAGUGAUUAAAAGAAAUUCAAGGUCACAGUGCAGAAAGUCAAUCUGUCAAAAUCACAACUGAACCCAUUUGUAUAUUGUAACUUUCUUAGUAAGUAUGUUAAGAUUUUUAUCAAUGCCUUUAAAAAUAAAUAACUUUUUUUUUUUAAACCUUGACU